CAAUUAGUGAACACCUGUCUCUGUCCUGUACACAUUAAGGUCAAAAGUCUUGAAAUCCAGUUAUACACCUAGUUCUGAGCUAAAGAAACAGAGAGAUAGAGAAUGAACACAUUGUUGUGUUUAUGUUACGUGUGACCUCAGAGAGAUUUUAGCUUUAUCAUCCUGGUCUGCUGAUGUUUCAUCACUCUCAUGGGUUGUUUUGAAAGCUGGGAGUGUGAAUAUCAGAUUGAUCGGAGCAGGUGACUCAAGACUGUAACUGUAUAGCAUCAGACGGCCAGACGUCCGUGGCAUAUGGGACAAUCAGACGUAGGCAGCACAGCUCAGUCAUUCAGAGCUAAACAAGUCUAUGGUAAAACCUGCUGAAUGUCUUGGAAUAAGUAUGUUGUUAGUGAAAAUGGCACACAGACAGAAGCUACGUCCAUCACGACGACCCUCAACCCAGAAGAGAAACAAGUUGUUGGAGCACAGGUGAAUUCCGAUUCAGAGGUAUGUCAAGGGUACGAGGCAGUAACAGUGUGUGUGCCCGCUGAAAUGCCACCGGAUGUGCCAGUGACGGGCGAGUCGUUCUGUCAAUGCCCGGCUCAAACAGAACUCAACUCAGAUGUUCAGAUCAAUGCCAACACCCUUAGCUGCACCUGUGGAGAGGAAGAAGAAGGAUGUGAUUGGGUGUGGGACACUGACAGUAAAUCAUCCGGUGUGUCUUUGAGUUGCUCUAAUCGGACCGUGAGCUUCCAUUCGGAGCACAGCUCUGGAACGGCCGCUGUCCGGGGCUCACGAGCGCUCAGUGAUGGACAACACUUCUGGGAGAUUAAAAUGACAUCACCUGUUUAUGGCACAGAUAUGAUGGUUGGUAUUGGUACAUCAGAAGUGAACCUGGAUCAGUUCAGAUUCAGUUUCUGUAGUAUGUUGGGUACAGAUGAAGACAGCUGGGGUCUGUCAUACACGGGUCACCUCCACCAUGAGGGGUCAAAGGUGAACUUUUCCUCACGCUUUGGUCAGGGUUCAAUUAUCGGUGUUCACUUGGACACCUGGCACGGCACGCUCAGCUUCUACAAGAACCGGCGACGCAUUGGCGUUGCAGACACACAUUUACAAAACAAGCGUCUUUAUCCGAUGGUUUGUUCAACUGCAGCCAAGAGCAGCAUGAAACUCAUCCGCUCGCACUCAGUGCCCACCACCUUACAGUACCUGUGCUGCACACAGCUGCGCAACAUUCUGCCCGACUGCGCAGACGCUCUGCAUGUGUUGUCGUUGCCGCCAGGUCUGCUGCUGUCUAACCAACUAGGAUGGGUGCUAAGUCUCGGCUGUGCAGACAGGAAAGACAAAGCUAUGCAAACAGAAGACCAAUACAUAAGCCCAAACCCUUCCCGCGCCAACAGUGAACAUGAUUUGAUUUUCCACAGUACAGAUGAGCUUCACUGUGAUUCUCCCUUUGGCCUGGAAGCCUCUGUAUAUCCUGAUGAAUCUUAUCAAGACUCUGUCUCUGUAAUGGAUGUUGCCUGUUACCUUAAUCCCUUUCCUUCUUCUGACCACGCCCUCUACUGUGGCUCCACCCUCAUCUCUGACCACACCUCCCCAUCUGACCCUACCUAUCAUCACACACCUGCUCUUUGUCCUAGCUGUGACUCUUCCCAGCCUACCGUCAGUGUAAAUGACCCCAACUCCUCCUUACACCCCAAAUCAUGCAAUCUUUGCCCCGCCUCCAGUGAUAGUGACUCGGAUGAAUUCUUCUCAGAUUUAGAGACAUGCCAAAGAAAACGCUGUCGCUGGACAUGAGAAACAAAGUUGUUUUUAUUGCAUGACUCUUUCACAUACUAAAUGCUUAUGAAAGCACAGAGGAUUUUGUUAUUUGCGGAUAUGAAAAUGUAAAAUAAAAGUUUUUCCUAUAACAAGUUUGCUCAUAAAUUUUAUAAUUUUCAAUGCCAAUAUUUCUAGUCAAGUGACACUGUUUUGCUGAAAGUUUGAGAAUUAGGUGGAAAAAUAUUGAAUUUAAACAGUAAAAGUCGAUCAAUGCCAAACAUUUGUCAUCACUGGAGUAUUUUUCAGUUUUAUCUGAAGCUCUUUGAUUGGUUUUGAAGUAUUUUGUUGUGUGGAUUAUUUAUGAGGAACCUCAAAACCACGCAGAUCUGUUCAAAUAUAAUUUCUAUGUUGUAAAGCAUUAUUUAUUUAUUUGCUCAGACAUGAAGAUACAGGAUAAAAUGAUCUUAUACCUCAACUUACGUAUAAAUAAAUUGCCUUUGCUGAGGUCUGAGUAUGACUUUCUGAAAUCUCAAAUGAUGACAUCACUGAUCA